UCGUUAAUGUGAACAUAAAAAGCCAUUUUAUCACGCUCAAAUUUCUUUUCUUGUUCGACUUCUAAUUCCAAAUGAUACUAUUGUGUUCCGUAAAGUGCAUCCGAAAACGUUUUCCGUAUAAAAGGUAUAAUCCAGUGGAUAUCGCUCAACAUUUCGUCUUUUGUGGUGAUUAUUUUGUAUGAGUCGACUUAAAUUGCCGCCGUAUCAGCGCAAGAAAAAAUCAACAGGAAGUCUCUAUCGUAAAUCGUGCCCACCGUUGUGUUCGUUGCCUUUCAGCGAAAUGACCUCCGUCCCCAGCAACAACAUCCCAAAUCUGCCAGUGGGCUUCAUGCCACUGGAGAAUCAAGUGGCUGGUCACACAUUCCAGGCUGGUGAGAUUGGGAUCCUGCGUGAGAACGACGGCACAAUUCUUAAGCCAGCAGCAAAGCCACUUUGCGGAGCUAGAGAAAUCAAAUUCUACGAGACCCUUGCGGACGCUACAGACCCUAGUCUUAUUACUCUUCGUGAUCUUGUUCCUGAGUAUCGAGGUACCCAGAAAAUCUUCGUUGGAGAUCGCUAUGUGGAUUUCAUGAAGCUGGUAGAUGCUACAGAUGGAAUGCUAGAGCCCUGUAUUAUGGACGUAAAGAUAGGGGCACGAACUUGGGAUCCUCUAGCAACAGAAGAGAAACGCGCUGCUGAAGAGCAAAAGUAUUUGUCCUGCAAGAAGGCAUUGGGUCUCUGUAUUCCAGGCUUCCAGGUCUAUCACUUGGCCACGGGAAGAGUUAAACGUUACAGUAAAGACUACGGAAAGAAACUUAAUGAGAAGAGUGUCAAGGAUGCUCUGAGGAUUUUUCUGAAUGCCGAUUCGGGUCUUUCAAGGGCUCUCUUGGUGCAGUUGUUGUCGGGGCUCUGGGCCAUUCAGAAAUGGGCACGUACACAGAAAACCCUCCGACUCUAUUCCAGUUCCGUCCUUCUCAUCUAUGAUGCACGUCGAUUGCGUAGCAAUCUGGAGUCUAAGAGGCGAAUCAGUGCACCAAAUGGAAAUUCUACAACUCCCCCAACUGCAGAGUGCAAUGGAUCACCGACACCUUUCAAUUGGAACGUUACCCCAGCUCCUGAUCCCAUACAGUCUUACCAAAAAAUCCAACGGAGUCACUCGGCCCAGAAUAACUAUGAUGAAGACCUCAAAGAAAUCCGAGAUAAAUAUAAUUUUAUGCUGCACCGAAUGUGCUCAGUGGAGAAAAAGGAAUGGGCUAUUGUGAAGAUGAUUGACUUUGCACAUGCAUUUCCAGCUGAACAAGAUUCCUUGGAUACCAACUAUCUCUUUGGCAUUGAGAACCUUGUGAAGAUGUUUGAGGAGUUCUUGAAGGAGUGCGAAUAAAUGUGACUGGCAGUACCCAAAGUAUUAUCGGCGACUUUUCCGUGUGAGGAGUGCUCUUCAUUACUCUCUUAAAAACCAACACACCUUUUGUAUAUUUGAGAUAAAGAUUGAUAAAAGUAUCUUACAAAUUCUUUAAAA